CUGUAACAUUUUUUUACUGUAUCUUCAUUUUUAAAAUACAAGUUGAUUUGGAUUUUACUACAUGUUGCCUUGCCUUUCUUUAUUGUACCUUUGGUUGAUAGGUGUAAAGUCAUAGACUAUAUAAGCUUCAGCUUAGUAAAAUUGGAAAGAAAUUAGGUUGCUUCAUGUGUAUUGCUCGAAGGGAUUUCUUUGCCUAAUUUUCAUGCUGUGUGGAUUUUGAUCUCUAAAUGAUGAAAACUGUCAUUGGCUAUGGAGAAACUCCGAUGAAGCUUUAUUGUCAUAGUUACACUGAUAGAGGUCAUUUAUGGUUUUUCUUGUGGUUUCUUGCCAAUUAAGGACAUUGCUCAUCUUUGGAAGGUAUGGGUGGUCAGGGAGGAUCUAAGUCAUUCUCCUUUUCCGUUGGUGGUGGCUCAGGUGAUUCCAAUCCUUUUGGAUUUGGCUUGGAUGAUCUUUUUGGCAGUUUUUUCGGUGGUGGAGGUGGUGGGAGUCAGUUUGGUGGUUUUGGCAGUUCAGCCAAGUCUCAAUCUGGGUCCAAGAGUUCUUCCAAAAGUCUUAGAGCUGUAAAUUCACAGAUUUACAAGAAAGAAAUAGAGAAUGCAGGGAUGACUUGGCUUUUGUUAUCUUAUAUGCCCUCUUCGAUGGAGAUCCAAUACUUUGAAUCCACUAUAGAGGAGGUUGCAAGUUCGUUGCAUGGAGCUUUGAAGGUUGGAAGCAUAAACUGUGAAAAGGAAGUCUCAUUCUGUAAGGAGCUUAGCAUAUAUCCACGCAGAGCUCCAAGGCUUAUUGUUUUUUCUUACAAGGAGAAUGAAAAAGGUUAUUUGGUCGAGUAUAGGGGAGACUUGGCUGCUAAGAAUUUGAAGGCUUUCUGUCAAGAAUAUUUGCCAAGGUUUUCAAAACGAACUGACUUGAAUCAUCUUGAUCAAUUCAGCACUACUGGAAAGUUGCCUAUGGUGCUGCUUCUCUCCACCAAGAAGGACACUCCUGUAAUUUGGCGUGUCCUUAGUGGCUUGUAUCACAAACGCAUUACUUUCAUUGAUGCAGAGGUUCAUGAUGUUUCUGAUCCAAGAGUGAAAACGCUAGGAGUUGAUGCACUUCCAGCUAUUGUAGGUUGGCUACCAAAUGGAGAAAAGCGUGUUCUAAAAACUGGGAUAUCUGUGAAAGAUUUAAAAUCUGCAGUUCUUGAUCUUAGUAACAUACUUGAUAGUUUUGAAAAAGUAAGUAAAAAGGAAUCAUCAGGUCAGGCCAAGGAGGCACAAACUGACUCAGACGAGGGACGCGUACCAUUACUUUCUAAAUCAAACAUUGAGGCUCUAUGUGGUGAGAAAACUCCAGUCUGCAUAAUUGGUGCCUUCAGAUCUUCUAAAGCUAGAGAAAAGCUUGAAUCAAUCCUCUCUUUGGUUUCUCCAAAAUCUUUGGCAAGACGACCAAAUCAGGGAUCCAGCAGCUCUAGGGACUCCAUUUCCUAUGCUCUCUUAGAUGCUGCAAAGCAAAAAUCAUUUCUAAAGGCAUUUGACAAAACAGGUUAUAAAUCAUCAAAUAAUUUGUUGAUUGCCUAUAAACCUUGAAGAGGGAAGUAUAGUAUAUUUAUGGGUGAAAUGACAAUAGAGGAGAUAGAGAAUUUCAUUAGCUCCGUUCUCAGUGGAGAUGUACCCUUCAGAGAAGCAACACGGGGGAAGCCUGUACUAGAGUAUUAGGUCAUAAAAGUAGGUUUUGACUGUUAUGGCUGCAUGCUCAUGUACAGAGUCAAGAGAUACAUGGAAUCUUUUGUUUUUUUUAUACUAUCAAGAGUACAAAUGAUCUAAUUAAGAUAACGGCACAUAGGAUAUUAUUGAUCCAUGCUAAUUCCUCAA